ACAUUGUCAAGCAAAAUGAAUCGGUUGCUGUUUCUAGCGUUGUUGGCGGCUGCAUGGGCUCAAGAGGACGUCCUGCCUCUGGCUGAGUCUUGCGACCUCGAGGCUUGCCAGUUGCCCGCCUGCAGGUGUUCUGGCACUGAUAUUCCAGGUGGACUUAACGCGCGGGAUACGCCACAAUUUGUCCUGUUAACCUUUGAUGACGGUGUGAACGUCAUCAACAUCGAAACCUAUCGCGACCUCCUUUACGACCGUCAAAACAGCAAUGGCUGUCCAGUCGGGACUACCUUCUACAUCAACCACGAAUAUACCGACUACACCAUCGUGAACGAGCUGUAUAACCAAGGUCUUGAGAUUGCGCUGCACUCCAUAAGCCACCAAACUCCUGACACCUACUGGAAGGAAGCUACCUACGAUGACAUGAAAUUGGAAUUUGCAGACCAGAAAGUUCAAAUGUCUCAUUUCGCUAAUAUUCCGAUUGAUACGAUUAAAGGUCUCCGCAUCCCAUUCCUGCAGAUGACUGGAAACGCUUCCUUUCAAGUCAUGGCCGACUACGGACUUGAGUAUGACUGCACUAUGCCUACCGUCACCCAGAUAAACCCUGGCCUUUGGCCGUACACCCUCGACUACGCCUCUACCCAGGAUUGCGUUAUUCCCGAAUGCCCCACUGCGUCUAUUCCUGGAGUAUGGGUUUUGCCUAUGAUCAGUUGGAUCGAUUUAGGCGGGUUCACUUGCUCGAUGGUUGACUCUUGUUUCAGUGUGCCAUCUCUGACUGAUGAAGACGCCUGGUUCGAGUUCAUAGUAGACAAUUUCGAGAGGCACUACACGGGCAACCGCUCGCCUUUUGGCUUCUACGUCCACCAGUGGUACAUCGCAAGUUACCCCGCCAUCUACAGGGCUUUGGCAAGAUUCUUAGACAUGGUCAACAACUUACAAGAUGCAUUUGUGGUAAACUCGGCUGAAGUGAUCGACUGGGUGAAGGAUCCCGUACCAGUUAAUGAAUACAGGAGCCGGCCAUGCAGGACCUGGGAACCAACCACGUGCCAGCGACAGAGCUGCGGCCCUCUCACCUCAGACCACAACGAAUGGGGUGCAUACUGGAUGCAGAUCUGUAACACGUGUCCAAAUACAUACCCAUGGUUGGGAAACCCUCUCGGUCAAUAGAACCUGCUUUAUGAACCUGGAAGAUCUAUCGAAAAUAAAAGAAGGAAAAGAAGGGAGAUUGGGGGACAACGUAUAAAUACGUUAAAAAAAACACCUAGAAGUCAUACUUUUAAAUGAGCUUUUCAACGUAAUCAGAAAAUUUAUUUUUGAUUAAAUUAGCAAUUAAAAAAUAAAAGAGCGAUCGGUUAUUACUUUUCCCAUAACCCAGAAUAUCAAAGACAUCAUUAUCGAUCCGAUCAUUAAAUUCUCCAGAUUACUUAUUAGAUACGCUCAAAAGCAAUGAAAACAGUAGCUCUUAAGAGUGGUCGCAAAAUAUGUAGUUCUUGCUUGCACCUACAAAACAUGUAUCGUUGUCAGAAAAUAUCGUAUUGGGAGCACCUCUCUUAGCAAUAAAGCCUCGAAAGCUAAUAAUCGCAGAGUCCGAAAUGAAACGUACAAGCUCCAGGUGAACGGCUCUGGAUGACAUGCAGGUAUACAGGGCCACAUAGCGUUUCUCUUGUCUUCGACCGAUCUUGGUAUUUAUCGGGCUGAAAUAAUCUGUGCAGUAAACAUCGUAUGAUAACAAGUAAAGAUAACAACCUAAAUGAAUUUACUAGAAAUUUGUUAAA